CAUGACCAAUAAGAAAUGGUGGACAUCAAACUGUUUUGACAGUGCUCGUUCGUAACCAAAUACAGGUGUACAUGUGACACUUCCAAAUAAUGGGAGAAGCAGCCUCUGCAGCACAAGGAAAUGCUCAGUUCUCACAGUUACAAGUAACUGUUUUAUCUUCAAAGCUUUCUACAGUUGGUGGACUUGUUCCUUCAAAACCUGAUCCAUAUGCAGAAAUUAGUGUUGAUAGUCAGCCUCCAAGGAAAACAGAAAUCUUAAAGAAAACAUUAACACCAAAAUGGGAUGAAGAUUUUACAUUGUUGGUUACACCUUAUUCCAAGUUAGAUAUAAAAGUUUUUAGCAACAACACAUUCAGAGCAGCUACCUUAGUCGGUACAGCAUCAGUUGAAUUGCAUGGAAUACUUCUAGAAAAUCGGGGCAAAUUGGAACAUGUUACAAAAUCAACAGAACUUACUUUGGAAGGGAAAGGGAAAACAGGGGAGAUUACUCUUACUCUACAUGGCAUGAAUGUCAAUAUGACAAAGUUUCCAAAGAAAAACCAGAGCAGACAUUCACAGUCUCAAUCCAAUGGUCAAGUUGCCAGUGGAAGUAGUACUAGUAGUGGCAAUACCCCCAGACGCCCAGCCAAUGCUGAAGCUGGUAGACCUUCAAAUAGAAGAGCUCCACCAGUUCCGCCACCACCCAACAGAAAUAAAACAACCAGUUCUGGGGCAGCCUCAGGGUCAGCUAAUACAACACCGUCCACAACAAAUAGUCCGUCAUCAAGACCACAACAGAAUGGUGACGUCCAUGGAGCAGGAGCAUCUGAUGGUACUGCUGGUGCAGCACUUGCCCCUCCACCAGGGAAUCCUCCACCACCGUCUGCAGGCAAUCUACCUCCGCCAGCAGGGGACCCUCCAUCACAGUUGCCAGCUACCAAUAAUAACAAUGAGGAAGAACCACUUCCUGCUGGUUGGGAAGAGAGAUCAGAUGGCCAUGGAAGAAAAUAUUAUGUUGAUCAUAAUACACGAACUACAACAUGGGAAAGACCACAACCAUUACCUCCAGGAUGGGAAAGGCGAGUGGACAACAGAGGUAGAGUAUACUAUGUAGAUCACAACAGUCGAACAACAACAUGGCAGCGACCUACUACAGACAUUAUCAGUAAUUAUAAUCAAUGGGAUUCAUGGAGGAAUCAAAGAAAUAUGGCAUUGGAAAAUUUACAAAACAGAUUUUUGUUUCCUAAUCCAGCUACAAUGGUACAGGAUGAUCCUUUAGGAACACUACCAGAAGGCUGGGAAAAGAGGGUUGAUCCUAAUGGAAGAGUAUAUUUUGUUAACCAUAAAAAUAGAACAACACAGUGGGAAGAUCCGAGAACCCAAGGUAUUAUACAAGAGGAUCCUUUACCUGAAGGAUGGGAGAUGAGAUACACUUCAGACGGCGUCAGAUACUUUGUGGAUCACAACACAAAAACUACCACAUUCCAAGAUCCACGAGGAGGCCAGUCUAAAGGUCCCAAAGGUGCAUAUGGUGUUCCAAUUCAGUAUGAGAGAAGUUUCCGCUGGAAGUUAGGACAAUUUAGAUACUUAUGUCAAUCCAAUGCUUUACCAGGACAUGUUAAAAUUACAGUUUCUAGAGACAAUCUGUUUGAAGAUUCUUUUGCUCAGAUAAUGAGGUUACAGCCAUUUGACCUGAGAAGACGGUUAUAUAUAAUCUUUAAAGGUGAAGAAGGUCUAGAUUAUGGUGGUGUAGCAAGAGAAUGGUUCUUUCACUUGUCACAUGACGUAUUAAAUCCGAUGUAUUGUUUAUUUGAGUAUGCCAGCCAUAACAACUAUUGUCUUCAGAUUAACCCUGCUUCUAGUAUUAACCCAGAUCACCUUAUAUACUUUAGAUUCAUUGGACGGUUUAUUGCCAUGGCCUUAUAUCAUGGGAAGUUUAUUGACAGUGGAUUUACAUUACCAUUUUAUAAGAGAAUGUUAAAUAAGAAGAUUAUGUUGAAAGAUGUAGAAACUGUAGAUUCAGAAUUCUAUAACUCAUUAACGUGGAUCAAAGAUAACGAUAUUGAAGAAUGUGGGUUAGAGAUGUAUUUCUGUGCGGACUUUGAAAUUCUUGGUAAAAUUGAUCAGCAUGAAUUAAAGGAAGGAGGUGCAGAUAUUAAAGUAACAGAAGAAAACAAAGAAGAAUAUAUUAACCUAAUGACCCAAUGGAGAUUUGCACGAGGAGUAGAAGAACAGACCAAAGCAUUCCUGGAAGGAUUUAGUGAAGUUGUACCAUUACAAUGGUUACAAUAUUUUGAUGAGAGAGAGUUGGAGUUGAUGUUGUGUGGUAUGCAGGAAAUAGAUGUUGAUGAUUGGGAAAGGAGCGCAAUAUACAGACAUUAUCAGAGAAACAGUAAACAGAUUAUGUGGUUCUGGAAGUUUGUGAGAGAUAUUGACAACGAAAAAAGAACCAGGUUGUUACAGUUUGUAACUGGUACAUGUCGACUCCCUGUUGGUGGAUUUAUGGAACUUAUGGGGAGCAAUGGACCACAGAGGUUUUGUAUAGAGAAAGUAGGAAAGGAAACAUGGCUGCCUAGAAGUCAUACAUGUUUUAAUCGGCUGGAUCUUCCUCCAUACAGAAGUUACGAACAAUUAGUAGAAAAACUGACGCUAGCAAUAGAAGAAACUGAAGGAUUUGGACAAGAAUGAGAAGAGGAACUCAUAGUCUUUCUAAAACAUUGUAAACAAUAUGAAAUUUAAUGUUAGAGGCACAAGCCAAAAAACCAAAGACCUAUUUUCUUGUAUUUCUGUGCAUGGUAAUUGUAUGAUUCCAUAUGUUUACCUUAAAUUGGACUAUAAUAGAGUAAGAAGUUCUCGGUGAUUGAUGUGGCAUUUUGUUUUGCAAUUGAUUUGAUUUGGUUUUUUCAACUUUGAAAAAAAUCUUUUGACAAUAAGAUAUAAUUUCAACUUAAUAUAGAGAAAAAGCUGAGCAAUUUAGAAUGAAAGGUUUUUUCACUUUUUUUCUUAAGCUAAAACAUAGAUUUUGUACAUUUCAGAUUUUGUUGUUGUAGUAAACUUGUGUUGUUUAAGAGAUAAUAUUUCUACUGAGCUUUAGGAUAAUAUUGUAUGGUUGAUCUUGGUUGUAAAAAUACAAGGAAAUAUAGUCUGAUUUGGUAGAAAUAUCAGAAUGUUCAUAUUAUUCUGCUAAAUAGGAUUUUUUAGUACUGCAUUCUCAUAUUUAUGUGCUUGCCAAUCUCAUACUGGUUUGCUUGCCAGCUGAUUAAAAAGCCUUUCGUCACUAUUACUAAUUAAAAUUAAAUGAUCUGUUUUUAAGUGUCAUCAGAAAUUGGUUUUAGAUAUUAGGACUUCCUUUUUUGACUGCUGAUUCUAUCUCUCAGGUACUAAUUGAAAUUUUAUUUUAUUUCAUUACCAAGUAUUAAUAAGGUGCCUUUUCCCAGUGCUUGAACUAGAUAAUUUGCAAAAAUAAGCUUUAAUCUGGCAAUUGAAAAAUAAAUCUUACCUAAAAAUGGCUACAGGAAAUAGUAAAAUCAAUAGACAACUUUCGAAUUCAUGAACUUUCCUGUAAAUUUCCUAUGUCACAAUGCUUAUGUUAUAAGCCACAGUAAGAACCGAUUGUUCAAUGACAUCGUUUUAGCCGAUUGACGUCAGGUCAACCGGUGUAAUUCAUUCAUAAAAAACCUCUCCAGAUUGGUAUUUUGUAGAGAAUUGUGGGAUACGAGUUCUAAAUGAUUCUGAUUGGUGGGAUAAUCAUGAAAAUGGUUGUUACCUCUACAUUACUGUGAUCUUAAUUGUUAAUUAUUGUUGUCUUAUCUAACUUCAACUAUACAAACUUAUAGUCAGAUCAUGAUCAACAUUUGUUUUACUAUGUAAAUGUGGUGUUGAAUGCUAUUAAUUGGAGGGUCUGUCUCCAUUGCAGGACUUACUGCUAGUAUGUUAUAUUGGACUUUUUAGAUAUUUUGAAGGUUUAAAAAAUUUCUCUUUCAAAAUAAUUGACAAAAACUAUACCAUACAGGGUAAGUUUUUGAAUCCGGAUUUUUUUGUUGUAUGAUUGAACACAGGAAAUGACAAUAAAAGGUUUAGUGAUGGGAUCUUACAAAACUUCAGAAAUACACAGGAAAUGACAAUAAAAGGUUUAGUGAGGGGAUCUUACAAAAUUCAGAAAUACACAGGAAAUGACAAUAAAAGGUUUAGUGAGGGGAUCUUGCAAAACUUCAGAAAUAGAAUAUUUACCAACAGACCAAUAGAAAACAGCGUUAAAGUUAUUAUUAUUUUUUUUUAAUUUUAUAAAUUGCAUGAUUUUUUUGUAAUUAUCAUUGAUGAAUGAAACACUUUCAUAGCUAUGUAUUAUGUACUAUUAAUGAAAUAUAUUUUACUUUUGUUGACAUAACUUGAAUACAUGUUGUGUUUUUUUUCCGAAGCUUAAUAUGCAAAAAAAAACCAAAACAUUUCAUAUGAUUAAAAUUUGAAGUAUUCAUGCAUUGUUAAGAACUAGAACUGGAAAAAAACUCCAAUAAACCCCAAAUAAUUAAUUGCUACAUUAACAGAUACAUGAUUUUAUUAGAUAGUUUGUUUAGUUGAAGUCAGAUAGGUUUUGUUUUGUUAUGUUGUUGUUUAAUAUAUAUAUAUAUAUAUUGUACAUAGCUUUUUGAAACUACUUGAGGAAAGCUUAGAAAACUGUAAUUAACUCUUCUUUUAAGUUGUAUUUGGUGUGUAUCAUUGUUUGGUCUAUGCAUGAAUGUUUUCUGAAUGAGGAUGUGUAGUUUGUCAGGUGAUUUAGGAAAUAAAUAAUACAUUGAUUAAAAAAUUACACUUUCUUCAAUAUAGUUCAAAAGGCUUUUGUCAACUAUAAAAGAUGCUGGUUCCUGAAAGUAUUUGGGGCAGCAUAUUAUCUCCCUUUUUAUGGUAAAUUUAUCCAUCAGUUUGUAUUAUUGCAUGUUGAAUUUGCUUUAUACUUAAAUGCAUGAAGUUGCUUUGGCUGUUCUGAUUUUAAUUCUGAAUAAGCAUAUGUUGUAUUGAAUUUUGUUUUCAAACCAGUUUUUAUACUUCAAAUUUUACUUGAAAUACACAAUUGUGUUACAAUAUGAAGAAUUUUAAACUCAGUUGAAGUUUUUAGUAAUAUUUGUUGAGAGAAUUAAACAGCAUGUAACAACACUCUGUGGAAUGAAAAUAGGUAGAGAUACAAAUUAAUUGUUCUAAGACCAACUUCCAAGUUUCUGGACAUAACUAACUGGAUUCUUGCAAUGAAUGCAAAUUGAUUUGUAUAUUCAUUUAAUAAAUACUCCAGAAAAUAAAACAGCUUCCAAUCAACAUAACAAAUUAAUUUAGGUUAUAAUUUUGUUUUAGAUGUAGGAUAUGAUUGAUUUUCUUCUGAUUGUUCACACAUAUCAUGCUUUGUUUGUGAUAGAGAUUUCAUGGGCAUAAUCUUAACAGGAAAGGAAUACAAAAACAUUUCAUAGAUCAGAUUUUACCCUUUUUUGUUGAUAAAAAGAUUUAUUGUAAUGUUACUACACAAUGAUCAAAACUAUUAAGCUGUGGUAAUUUUACAUUAGAACACAUGAACAUUUUGAUUUUGGUUGUAUAAAGAGGUGAAACUAGUAAUGAAGUUGAAAUUUAAGAGAAAAAAUGUAAACAUUUUUGGGGAUGUUGAGAUUUUGUUCUUCGUUGGAGAUUAUUGGAUGCAGUUGAGGUUUGAAAGAUCAUAUGGAUUACUGUUAUAAGACAUACCCUAUUGUUAUUAACAUCAAAUAUUUUAGAAAAUCCUGCCAACUGAGACCACUACAUAUAAACAUUUAUUGUAUAGGUACUUAUAACAGAAACUUUAUUACUAACAGGCAAUGUUUUGUGUUCCUCUCAUGUUUGGGUACAUUGACUUCAUGUGUAGAUUAUUUAUUUGCUUAAGUAUUUUGAGUAGAGUACAGUUUUAUGUACUUCUAUGUUUCAUAUCGGUUUAAUGUUUUGGGGACAUUAAUUUUUACUCUUCUUCCUUUGAUUUCUAUAUUUCCUUUUAACAUUAUUAUGCUUCCAUUUACGAUCAAGUCAUUUUCAAACUAUUUUUUUAUAUAACAAAUUAAUUUCAUUUGUCAGUAAAUUAAUUGAGUUUCUUUAAAUAAGAAAAUUUUAUAAUUGAUUUGUAUUUGUAAUAAGAAAAUCUGCAGUUAUCUAUGUAUGUGCUCUCUUAUAACAGGAAAAGUGAAAUUUCUUUAAAUGUUGUCUGCAAAUUAUGCAUUUGUUGAAACGAUGUGCUUCAAAUGUCAUCUAAUUAUAAAAGGUGAAUGAACAGUUGUAUUUUUUUUGUGAUUUGUAAAUAGAUACAGGUAUCUGAUCAUUGUAUAUAUCAUAACAUCAUCAAUGUUAUUUUGAAGUUUGAAGGGUUAUUCUUUCUAGUCAAAUGUUGCAUUGGUCUUGAAAACAUAGUUUACACACAAAGAUGCCUUGUUACAUUCAAAAGGCAGAUGAAACACAAUAAAUGUUGUGGAUAUUAAUCUGAAGUUUUUAUGAUGAUAUUGUAGACAGUAUUUCAUUUGAAACUUUCAACAGUUGUAAUGUGUAUUGUGCUUUAUGGAUUAUGCAACAUUUACUGAAAAUAUAACAUUUUCAAAUUUGUUCAAUUAUUCUUCUUUACAUUAUAUACUUUAAAUAACCAUAAUAAUUCAUUAUGAAUUUUAAAUUUAAAUGAUGCUAUAGUCUUACAUACAUAAAUCUUUGCUUGCAUUUGUCUGCCCUUGUCUGAUUAACUUACUUGACAAGUAGAUCUGUAUUGUUUUGUUGUUCGGAGAUAAUUUUGUAGUUUUAUUACAAUCUGCUAUUUAGCAUUCCAAAAUAAAAUGUUUGUCUUCAUUGAAGGCACUUUUCAAAUUGCUGCUUUUGGUUGAUGUAUCAAUAUGCCACCAUUUCUGGAAUUUUUUUUUCUCCCAUUAAAAAAAUACUUGAAAUUGCUUUGAUGAAUUUUUCUAUUUUAAAAAUGCUUCCCCCGGUAUAUUAUAUGCUUAAAACAGUAAUUAAUAAUGGUAAUGGCAGAGUAAAUAUGAAGACAAAACCAUAAUUCGGAUUAUAUAAUUAUUUUAAAGGUAAAUUUUUUUUAAGUACCCUGUUCAUAAAACACUUUUAUUUUUUAUUAAUGAACUUUGGUUAUAAUGAUAUGGAUAAAUAUAGGUGUUUUAGACUUACUAUAGUUGUGUGAUCUGUUGGUAUUUCAUCUUUAAAUUUAUAACACUCCUUUAAUAGAUGGGUUUGGCCAUUCUCUAUAGGUCCAUUCUGGUAGUAAUACUCCUGCCAAUAUUGAAGUAUUUAUUCAUCCUUGAAUUUCAAAUUUUAGGGUUUAAGGAUUCCUGAUGAAGGUUAAUCCAGAAAAUUGCUUCUACAAUUUAUCAAGUGUUAUUGUCAUGAACGCCCUAACUUUUUUCUUUCUUAUACAGACCUGGCUAUUUCCUUAAUAUAUAAGUUUUAUCCAACAUUAACUAGCAAGCCAGAAAGUAUGUAUUUCAAUGGUAUAUCAAGAAGAAAGGACAAUGAUGAGAGUCUUCAGUAACAUUUCAUAUGUACUGGCACACCUUAAAGGUUCUAUUGUAAAUACAAAUUUUAUAAAUGAUGUUUUUAUAUAAACUGAGAAACGACAAUACAUUCAUUUGAUAGCUAUGAUAAAUAAAGAUGUACAUGUAAAAUAUUGAUGUAAUAUUUCAGUCUGUUAUAAAAUUAUUGUCUGUUUAAUUAUCAGAAAUCGUUCAUUUGUAUGUUUCUUUAAAAGUCCCUAUGCAUGUGUUUUAUUUUAUUUCCUAUUUGCAAUAGCAUAAUGAGUCCACUGACGAGAACAGCAACUGUUUAUAAAUCUUUAAAUUUGCUAAUUGUUCAAACAGAAUGAGUUAUAAUAAACAGAUAGAAGUUCCAUAAGUUUCCUGAGUAUUUGUUAGGUUCUCGCUCAUAAUCUCUAGUAUUUAUGUGAAGAGCAAGAUGAUGACAGAGCUUUCUCUUUUUCUGUUAUUUCAAAACUUAAAACUACAAUAUUGAAUGUAUAUAGUGUCUUAUUCUAAAAUAAUUAUAAACAAACGGUACAUGCAUUAAACUAACGGUACAUGCAUUAGGAUUUGUAGAAAUGUUUUUUCCGAAUUAAGUACUAUCUGAGCAACAUUUACUCUCACUCUGUGCGCAACAAUAUAUAUUCUUAGGUUUGUUUUUUUUGGUGGUUUUUAUUAGAUAAAAGAUCAAUUUCAGGAGAAAAAUGACAGAAAUGUACUCAUGUUUUUCUCCUCGCAUUAUUGCAUAUAAUCAGAUGAAUAAUGUAGACAUUUGUCACAAACCAGGUGUUGUAUUUUAAAAAUGCUUAAUUAUGUAUGCAAGCUAUAUGUAAGAACACACAAAAGGUGUAUUGGGAUUGGCACAUUGUUAUUGUCUAAAGGUGCCAAGACCAUAUACAAAAAAUGGCCUUUGCAUAGAUUUCUUGUUUGUAAUGUUUUCUUCAUUGCUUGGGAUAGGCAUCAUGAUUUAUCGUUAUUUAUUCAUGUGUGAUUCUAAGUUAAAUUCUUAAGUUUUUCAAACAGACUGAAAUUAAAUAUUUUAUAAAUCUAA